AUGAAGAUUACCAGUCUUCCCGUUGUCGCUGCCACUGCAGUUCUGUACAUGGCCCUCGGUGUUCAAGCGGCUGAGUGUGUCGUUGGCGGCGUGACGAAAAAUUGCUGCUGGGGAGACAAAGAUGGCGGCUCCAUGGCGUGCAAACGACAGCGGAAGGGCAAUAGACCCAAAGACGAAUAUUACUCGUGUGAGAGCGAAGAAGCCAACUGGUGCAGCACUCUCGACAUUACCAAGGAGGAAUGUGACGCGGAUUGCUGUGAUACCAACACUAGAAAGGGAAUUACUUGUCCUUAA